AGGGGGCGUGGCUUUAUUCCGGAUUGAACCGGACAGAGGGACUAUUUAUGACGGUGAGCGGUGGCUUCAGCUGUAAACACUUCAUGGCUGCAGUUAUAAAGGCAAUGUCGAAGUUUCGUCUGGCAGUGGUGCAGCUGCACGUAACAAAGUUAAAGUCUGAAAACUUGUCUCGUGCUCAGAAGCUGGUGAAGGAGGCGGCAGGUCAGGGGGCGAAGCUCGUGGUCUUACCUGAGUGUUUUAACUCUCCGUACGGAACCGGAUACUUCACCAAAUAUGCCGAGAAAAUUCCAGGAGAAUCGACGCAGAUCCUGUCGAAGCUGGCUGAAGAGUGUGGGGUUUAUCUAGUAGGAGGUUCUAUUCCAGAGGAGGAUGAAGGGAAACUCUUUAACACAAGCCCAGUUUUUGGUCCUGAUGGGAAAUUACUGCUUAAACACAGGAAGAUCCAUCUCUUUGACAUUGACGUUCCUGGAAAAAUCCGUUUCCAGGAGUCUGAGACACUGAGUCCUGGGAGCAGUUUAUCUGUGUUUGAAACCCCAUACUGUAAAGUAGGAGUGGGGAUCUGUUAUGACAUUCGCUUUGCAGAGCUCGCACAGAUCUACGCUAAGAAAGGUUGUCAGCUGCUGGUUUACCCCGGAGCCUUUAACAUGACCACCGGACCUGCUCACUGGGAGCUGCUACAGAGAGCUCGGGCAGUUGAUAAUCAGGUGUACGUUGCCACGGCUUCACCAGCCAGAGACGAGAGCGCCAGCUACGUGGCCUGGGGUCACAGCUCGGUCGUUAACCCCUGGGGUGAAGUGAUAACAAAAGCAGACUCAGGUGAAAGUGUAGUGUACGCUGAUAUCGACCUGCAGUACUUGUCAGACGUGCGUGAUCAGAUCCCGAUCACAAGGCAGAGACGUAACGAUAUAUACACGGUUAACGUCGUUAACGAGGGCUGAGUCUGCGGAUUUUUGUAGGGCAGGAAUUCUCACUGGAUGGGAAGGCAGAUAUAAUCCCAGUAUGGAUAUGACAGUCUCUGUCCUUAUAUAAUACCAAUAAGUCUGAUCUGGUUAUAAUUCCUGAAAAUAACUUUCUGGAUUUAAUCCAUAUAAUCUCAAGUCAGAUUAUUUUGAUUAACUCUGCACAGUGUGCACACUUUGUAUAACUGUGAUAAUCCAUACUCCAUUAUUCAACGUAUUCCUUAUUCUCAAUCUCAAUCAAGGAAUAUAAUCCUGUUAUUCUUUAUUUACUAUAAUUCCAAUGAGCUAGAUCAGGAUACAAUCCAUGUAACCCUUUGUGGAUAGAAUCCUAAUAAUCUCUCUCUAGACAUCACUAUCUGGAUUUAAUCCUAUUCACAUAUAGGCUAAUCCUGAUAAUCUAUCAGGAUAUAAUCCUUAUCCUUUUCUUAGGAUUAUAGGAAUUAUAUUUAAUCUGAAUAUAAUCUCUUUAGUUUCUGUUUAAAAAUAGUCCUGAUAAUUCAGAUGAAAUUAUUUUUUUAUUACCAGAUAUAAUCCUUACAGUCCCUAUCCGUACACAGUACCUGUUUUCCCUAUAUGCCGGCUAUUGUCCUGUAUAUAAUUCCUGUAUGCAAAUGAAAAUUGUUGCACAUUUGAACAGAAUCCAUCAGGUGGAACAGGUUUAGCCAUCACAAAGUGCCUGAAAGACCUUCAUUCGUAUUUGUCUCAGCACUUUAAAAAUAGCACAUAGUUAUGUUUAAACAAUGAAGGAACGACAGAACUAGUUUAUCCUGAAAUACUGUGUAGGAUUGACAGCUCGAGUGGAUCCUGUUUAACACAUUAACCUGAAUGAAUGAUUUGUUUGAUUAUGUUUUAACUGUGACAGUGGAAGAAAAAUAAAAUACAUUUCUAUCCCA